CUUAAAGCCUCACUAUGAACUCCCACCGGCCUAAACGGAACACAAUUUCUCUUCCUUCGCUAGGAGUUUCGCCUAGCAUAUUCAAUAAUUUCAAGAAGAGCCAGGCUAAGAAAUAAGAGUUAUUCACGGCUGAGAAGACAAGCGAAUGAUGAUUAUAAGCAGAAUAGUUUGGGGAGGAAGGCGAGAUUGGUUGUGAAUUUUGGAAAAUAGGAAUAGUGUAUCGAAGGGACAGACGGUUAGAGCUAAUUUGUUGGAUGAUGAAGAGAGGAAGGCAACGAAUAAGGUACAGAGCAAUUUUAGGUAUAAUAGCAAACACCUGAAGGCUAAAUUAGGAGCAUUACAGCAACAAUCUCGUGAGAAAAAACCAGGAGUUUAUUUAUGCAGAAGGAGGCUAGCCCGUGUACGCAAGGCUAGAGAAGACCGCUAUAGCCAGAACGUUGACUCUUUGAUUUUUAAUACAAAUAAGGAAUUUCAUUCACUCUCAUUUGCAAGUAAUCUCAAAAAGCUCCUUGUGCCUAAAUGGACUGAGGAUCCUCGUAGAUUCCUGCUCCACUCAGAGUUGACCUCUGCAGAUCAUGACAGAGUCAACCAGAUCAUGCAAAGGAAGUUCGGCAGAUUUUCUUAAAUAGUUAUAAGCUUUCAAUAUUUUCAAAAA